AAUGUGGUGGUUUCCCUUUCUCACACGAUCCUGCAAAUUUUCAGUCCUUUUCGGCGAGGAAAAGAGGUCAAAUCUUGCCGUCCCACCGAGGAAAACAAGCUAUUUCGCACUGGAAUCAGCAAGCCUACUACGCGGUUAUAGUGUAGGAAGUGGAGAGACCUCAAAAGAUGGCAGCGAGGGCACCUGACGCAGAGAAAAUGAUUCAUUGUUUUCUAAAGCAAAGGAGGAACGAGUGAUUUCCGGAGGUCUGAUGGGAGGGGACAAAGCGGCAGCACCAGCAGCGACAAUUGAUGACGGCGUGGGAAGCGGCGGAAACGACGCACCUUUGGGCGUGAAACUUAGGAGAGCCGUCUCCGUGCGCAAAGGGGGCGGUCUUUGCACUCCGCCGCCCUCCUGGAAAUUGGAGGAGGCCGGCUCGUCGGACCCUGGGAUGGCCGAGGUGCACCGACGGUCGAUAUCCGCUCGCAAGCUCGGCGCUGGCCUUUGGGAAAUCCAAGAUCCGCGGCCGAUGCCCUCGGCCGAUCGUCGGGGCUCCAGGAUCGCUCACCAGCGCCGCAAUGGGAAGGCGCUGGAGGACGACCCUCAUCCGUCUUCAUCUCGCCGGCGGGAGGAUUGGGAUGAAGGCAGUUUGAGAAAGCAUGGUGAAACUUCAUUAAGUAAACAUCAUGAUCUUAAUGACAAAAUCCUACAGCUGGAUUCUCCUGCAAGUUAUACAAGCCGCUCGCAGAUUUCUUCUUUUGGACGAGCCAUUAAUCCUGUCAGUGCUGUUGAUCACAAGGGUAUGCUAGGAGAUGCAGGCUUUAGAUCGAAGAGAUCAACAGAACUUUUAAAAGUAUUCAAUCACAUCUGGAGCCUGGAAGAACAGCAGGAGUCCAAUGCAGCACUAGUGAAAGCACUGAAGAUGGAGUUAGAACAUGCACAGGCACGGAUUAAGGAACUGAUGCAGGAGCGGCAUGCAUUUCACAAUGAAAUGGAUCGCUUAGGGGAACAAAUUAAUGAGGCUAACAUAAUUAGGAGGAACAAAGAGCAUCAAAAGAUCCAAAAAGCAGUGCAGUCAAUAAAGGAGGAGCUUGAAGAUGAGAGACGGCUGAGAAGACGCUCUGAGAGUCUACACAGAAAACUUGGUAGAGAGUUAUCUCAAGCAAAAGCAGCUUGUAUGAAUGUUGCAAGAGAUUUAGAAAAAGUGAGCAAGACAAAUCUUCUUCUUGAAGAACUCUGUGAUGCUUUCGCUAAGGGAAUCAGUGAUUACGAACAUGAAGUGAGGCUGUUAAAGCAAAAGUCCCUAAAAGUUUGUGAUCACAAAGUUGACCGCUUGGUACUUCAUAUUGCAGAAGCAUGGCUGGACGAGAGGGAGCAAAUGAAUAUUGCCGAAGCUCAAGGAGAUCUGUCUAAUAGAUCGAUGGUUACAGACAGAUUAGGAAGUGAAAUUGAAGCCUUUAUUCAAGCUAAUAGGUCAGAUGAGAUAAAUAAUGGAAAUGUGUUUGAAAAAGAUGGAAAGCAAGAGAUCAAUGUCCGACGGCAAUCACUUGAGUCUAUGCACUUGAAUGGAACUACUAGUGCACCUCAAGAUGCAGAGGACGACGACAACGCUAAGGAAGAUGACAAUUCUGUUGAAAGUGAUUUGCACUGCUUUGAAUUAAACGACAUUGGCCUUCCACAUCAGAAUGUUUCAAGCGUCACAGACAAGUUAGUUUCUUCUAGGAAAUUAAAUUCUUACGUGGAAAAGAUAGGAUCUUCUGAUAAGAGAAAGAACAAUGUUUUGUGGAAAGAAACUGAAUUCUGUGGGAGCCAAACGCAGCAUUUAAAUGGAAGACAAGGAAAGCUUUCAGACACGAGUGUUGAUUCUGAAGGAACGGAUACAAAUAAGUUGGGAGCAAAUAAAGCUCAAGUUUCUGACUAUAUCAAUUCUCAUGAAGCUUCACAAGAUAUGAAAUCACUGCCGGAUAAUAAGUUUGGAUUGGACCACCUGAAAGCUCAUGAAAUUCACGAGACGUCCGAUAGAGGAGAGAACCAAAAUGAUUCCAUGUCGACUGGCAAACUUAUCAUAGGACGAGGCUUUCCUCCCGAUGAUCUUCUGAAUGAUACAUCAACUGUGAGUCAUGAUUGCAUCAUCGAUCAACACAAAUCUUGCAGGUUUAGGACGUCUAGUUCUUCACUGAACUUAGCAGGUGUAAAUGCUAAUACUCUGAAGGCAAGAUUGCUCGAAGCAAGGUUAGAGGGACAUCAGGUUCGUCUGAAAGCAUCAAGAGGUUCCUCUAUCGGCGCAACCAGACAAUGAACAGGAUCGCGAGUGAGAUUUCUCUAGUGACAUGUUGUUGGUUCAUGAAGUAUUUUAGAUUGCAGAAACCUGGUUUGUUUCGCCGUGGCAUCAGUUUUGGAAUUUUCUCUGUAUAUUGUCAAGUGGCCAAAAGGACUUGAGCUCUUGUUUCCUUAAAGCUGAAAGAAUUUCCUUAAAGAAACAAAUGAUUUCCCCUGUGCAAGUAGCAUCAUCAUGUGGCAAAAGGCGAAAUCGUUCGCCCCCAGUACUCUCGCCGCACCCGACCCAAGGUCAUCACGAGGGAGGUAAAUCAUAGCAUCCUGAGCGAGUAUGUGGUAGGUGGGGUGAGUUGCACAGGGACUGGAAAUUUACGUCCCGACUACCCCAAGUUUCGACCCCGCGACCUCAUGUGGCAAGUGCAAGUAGCAUCACCAGAAAUAUGCAAAGAAGGCUAAAUCAAGCAUAAAAUAUUUAGUUGCUUGACUUGGAAAAACAAUUUAUCGAUCAAGUUCACAUCAUGUAACUUUGAUUUAGUUGCUUGACCAGUUGACUUUGACUUUUGAAGUCAACAGAGCUGUCUCAUGAGGCCGCAGUCUCGCAUUACCUUCCCUCCAAACACGUAUAUAAUAUCAAGUCGUCGACGUUCACUUUCUCACAUUUAUAAAAGACUUCCCAAAGUUUUAAUAUCGUCAAAUAUCUCAUCUUGAUUUAUCUCUAUUCUACUGGACGCUCACGGGAUUAUUGACAUAUCGAGAACUCCGCGUGCAAACCCCAAAAGUAAUAAAUAAAAUUUUAAGAGUUUUCUUGUAAAAAAUACAGCCCGAUCGAUGAUUGAGGACCAUUUCGCCAACGUCACAGCGUCUUCCAAAACCCCUUCUUUCUUCGCUCCCUCCAUUCCGUUCGAAUCAACGCCUCUUUCUUGACCUACCUACUGUCUCUCAUGGCGAAGAGAGCCCAGUUUCGACGCAAGUAAAGUGGAGAAUCAGCAGAAGAGGAAUCUCCUUUCCGGUUGCCGAGAAAGGUUCGGUUUUGAUCUCCUUCUGCCCAUGAUAUGACCUCUUAUUCCGGUGCUCGAUCACGUCCGCUUGAUGUGAAACCGAGUCCUUUUUGGUGAUGCAAGAGUAGAAAGUUGGAAUUUUGGUGGGGAUUUCUAGGAGGCGGGUAAAAGGUGGGUGUUUGGCGUUAAUCUGGAUGGCGUGAGGGUUUGGGGGGCGGGGAUUAAGGAAGCGUGAUAGGGUUUGUGAUCGCUGUGACAGAUGGAGGACCGAGGCGGGGAGUCUAAAUUGCCAGAACCAUCUUCCGGAGCUCGUUGAUAUCUCACUCCAUCGCUGCGGUCGCUGUGGCGUUACUCUUCAAGCAAAACUAUCAUGUCCCAGAUUAGAGCCUUCGUCCAAUGGACUUGCUGGAAUUGAGGUCAAAAAUCCAGAGCCCUCGAAGAGAACUUCAGAGAACAAAGCUAUGGUUUCAGAUGCAAGCUUGCAGCCUGAUCUCGGUGCGGAAACAACCGUUUCUAUUGUAAGUGAAAGUGAAGAUAACAUUUCUUCGAGGAAAAAGAACUGCUUGAAGGUAGAUGAUCUGUAUCAACCGACGUUACUGGUUGAUGAUACUUGUAAAAGUGGGAAAACAAUAGUUGAGACAAUUUCACAUGAGGGAAGGGAAACCGAACGAUUGGUCGAUAAUCAUUCUAUGCUCAGAAAGAAGUAGUCCGAGAUGCCAAGAAUGAUUGGAAUCCAAGGGCUUUCGGAAAAGGCGUUCAACUUGCUACCUAUCUUGAUGAAGGCCCAUCUGACUACUACCAUCAGAACCGAAGAGGUGCAUUUGUUGAUGUUGAUUUUGACAAGAAACAGAACCUUGCACCAAUUCGAAUGGAGCUUUUGAGAAUGCUUGAUGAAUUAAGA